GCGGGUAACUGGAGCUGUCCGCGUCUGUAGUGCUGCUCUGAUUUCAUUGAACGCGAUGGAAGAAGAACUGAAAUGCCCGGUUUGCGGUUCUCUCUUCAAGGAGCCGAUUAUUUUACCGUGCUCUCAUAAUGUCUGCCUGGCGUGUGCUCGGAAUAUCAUCGUGCAGACCCCGGAGGGAGAGACCCCUCCGCAGAACCGAUGCUCCUCGGACUAUGACUAUCUGGAUAUGGACAAGAUGAGCAUGUACAGCGAGACGGACAGUGGCUACGGCUCAUACACGCCGUGCCUGAAGUCUCCCAACGGAGUGCGCGUGUUCCCGCCGGCGCUGGUGCACCGCCACUGCUCCAUCACCUGCCCGCUGUGCCACCGCAGCGUGUCCCUGGAGGAGCGCGGGCUCCGCGGCUUCCAGCGCAACCGGCUGCUGGAGGCGAUCGUGUCCCGCUACCAGCAGAGCCGCGCCGCCUCCGUCAAAUGCCAGCUGUGCGACCGCAAUCCGGUGGACGCCACGGUGAUGUGCGAGCAGUGCGAUGUGUUCUACUGCGCUCCGUGCCAGCAGCGCUGCCACCCCUCCCGCGGACCGCUGGCCAAGCACCGGCUGCUGCCGCCGGCCGCUCCAGCGCAGGGGACCGCCUCCGCGCGCAGACAGGCGAGCUGCGUGGACCACGAAGCGGAGAACUACGGCAUGUACUGCGUCAGCUGCAAGACCCCCGUGUGCUACCAGUGUCUGGAGGAGGGCAAACACAGCAAGCACGACGUGAAGCCCCUGGCCGCCAUGUGGAAACAACACAAGUGUCAGCUGUCCCAGGCAUUGAAUGGAGUGUCUGACAAAGCCAAGGAGGCCAAGGAGUUCCUGGUGCAACUGAAGAACCUGCUUCAGCAGAUACAGGAGAACGGCGUUGAAUUUGAGGCAUGUCUGGUCGCUCAGUGUGACUCUCUGAUUGAAGCGCUCAUUCGGCAGAAGGCCAAACUGCUCACCAAGGUCACAAAGGAGAAAGAGAGUAAGCUGAAGACCGUAAAGGAUCAGAUAACUCACUGCACCAUGAAGCUCCGACAGACCACAGGAAUGAUGGAAUUCUGUCUGGAGGUUAUUAAAGAGAACGAUCCCAGUGGAUUCCUACAGAUCUCAGAUGCGUUGAUAAAGCGUGUCCUGGCGUCUCAGGAACAGUGGGUAAAAGGUGCGUUGGAGCCAAAGGUCUGCCCAGAAUUCGCCUUGACCGUCAACACAGAUCCUCUGAUGCAGUCGAUUCUCCAGCUGGACUUCACCCAGAAUAAAGCGGAGACCUCCACAGUGCCUCCUGCACCGCUGUUGCAGUUGGAAAAAUGCUGCAUUCGGAACAACAGCGCCACUUUGGCCUGGAGGAUAACUACUGUCCAAGCCCUGCUUGUAGAGGGUUACGUGCUGGAGCUGGAUGACGGGAAUAGCGGGUCUUACCGGGAAGUCUAUGUUGGGAAAGAGACCAUCUGUACAGUGGACGGCCUUCAUUUCAACAGUUCAUACAACGCUCGAGUCAAAGCGUACAACUCUGCUGGAGUGGGAGCGUACAGCAAAGUUGUUGUUUUGAAAACGUCUGAUGUGGCAUGGUUCACCUUUGACCCUACGUCAGCUCACAGAGACAUUGUCCUAUCUAAUGAAAACCAGACUGUGACUUGUAACAGUUACGAUGAUCGCGUGGUGCUCGGGACGGCUGCCUUCUCCAAGGGCGUGCAUUACUGGGAACUUAGUGUGGAUCGCUAUGACAACCACCCCGACCCCGCAUUCGGUGUGGCACGGAUUAAUACGAUGAAGGACAUGAUGCUAGGGAAGGACGAUAAGGCCUGGGCCAUGUAUGUGGACAACAAUCGCUCCUGGUUCAUGCACAACAACUCCCACACCAACAGGGCUGAGGGUGGCAUCACAAAGGGUUCAACUGUGGGGAUUCUGUUAGACCUGACAAAACAUAGUCUGACCUUCUUCAUCAACAAACAGCAGCAUGGACCCAUGGCUUUCGAGAACCUGGAGGGUGUGUUCAUGCCCGCAGUUAGCCUCAACCGCAACGUCCAGGUGACUCUAAUCACAGGUUUGGAAGUCCCAAAGAGCAUCAUGUGAUCAUCUUGGACCAAUAAGAACGAGCCAGACCUUUCU